CCAUUUUGCUUUUAGUGUGUGGCAUUAACUGUUUGGCCAAACUCAGGAGCGAACCAAGGAUUUCUCUUCUUCCUCUGUUGUUGUAUUUUUUUUUUCAAUUACUAUUAUUUUGGGGGGGUUAUCAAAUCUGAGAACUAUGUGUUGGCAUGGCGACGAGGAGGAUGAAGACAGCUCGGAGAGUGACCCAGGUGGGCUUUCGGUUCUGGAGCAGCUCGGUCUGGACCAGAACUCGGAUUUCUCAGACUCUGGCGUGCAGCAGCUCUUGGAUGAGCAGCGGGAACGGAUCCGCAGAGAGAUCCGCAAGGAGCUGAAGAUCAAGGAAGGAGCCGAGAAUCUGCGCAGGGCGACGACUGACAAGAGGAACGCUCAGCAGGUGGACAGUCAGCUGCGGUCCUCAAACCGCAGGCUGGACAGCCUGCAUGCUCAGCUGCAGGAACUGGAUGCUCACAUUGUGGUAAAGGGAGGAGAGGAGAAUAAAGAUGAGUGUCCUCAGUCUCCCGGGGCCGAGAGCCGAACGUCAGCCCACAAGGAACGCAUCGCUGCCCUGGAGAGACAGCUGAACAUCGAGCUCAAAGUCAAACAAGGAGUUGAGAACAUGAUCCCCAUCUACGCCAAUGGAUCCACCAAGGAUAAGAAGAUGCUGCAGACGGCCCAGCAGAUGCUGCAGGACAGUAAGACCAAAAUCGAUAUCAUCCGCAUGCAAAUCCGCAAGGCCGUGCAGGCCACUGAGCACAAUGACGACACACAGAGUAACCAGGACAUGUGCGGGGUGGAGCUGCGUAUUGAAGAGCUGCGGCAUCACUACAGGGUGGAACAUGCUGUCGCUGAGGGGGCCAAAAAUGUGCUCAGGCUUCUUGGGGCCAACAAGGUUCAGGACAAGAAAGCCCUGUCUGAGGCGCAGUCUCGUCUGAGCGAGGCGUCUCAGAGGUUGGACCUGCUGAGGGACUCUCUGGACCAGCGCCUGGCAGAGCUGCCAGAGGACCACCCCAAGGCCAGCGUCAUCAAAGAGGAGAUGGUCCUGGCCUCCUCCCCUGCCUUCAGCUCCCGCCACGGUGCCCCCUACCUCCACAACCAAUACAGCACCCUCAACAAACCCUCACCCCUCACUGGUACCCUGCAGGUGCAGCUGCUGGGCUGCGUGGGGUUGUUGGAGGUGGUUCCAGGUCGCAAUAAAGGGACAGCUGUCAUGUUGCCCUGCUACAGCCCUGGAGACACAAGGUCUUUCAUGCGGGGCAGCAAGGGACUCUACGGACGGAGUGGUUCAGUCAGUGGGAAGACACCCAGCAAGACAGACGAGCUUCUCGUGUAAGUGUCUGAGGUGAGUGCCGUGCUAAAGCUGGAUAACACAGUGGUGGGUCAGACAGCUUGGAGGACUGUGGGAGAACAAGCCUGGGACCAGACCUUUACCGUGGAGCUGGAAAGGUCGAGGGAGAUGGAGAUUGCGGUUUACUGGAAGGAUUACCGCUCACUGUGUGCUCUGAAGUACCUGAAGCUGGAAGAGUUCCUGGACAACCAGAAACACAGAGUUCAGCUGGAGCUGGAGCCUCAGGGCCUGCUGCUGGCUGAGGUGACCUUUUUUAACCCAGUCAUCGAGAGAGUUCCUCGUCUCCAGAGGCAGAAGAAGGUCUUUUCUAAGCAGCAAGGCAAGGCGUUCCUUCGGGCUCGUCAGAUGAACGUGGACAUCGGCACAUGGGUGAGGCUGCUUCGAAACGCCAUUCCUACUGUCAACAACUCAGGAACCUACAGUCCCAACGCGCACAACCUAACACUCAACUCCGGGGAGAUCUCAGUGGAGAAGUUGAGUCUGGACAGCGACUCUCCGAUAAGAGGCGAUUUCAGGAGAGACACGGACACACACACCCCGGUGAGACAGACGGAGAGAGAGGAAGCCCGGGAAAUGGGGGAGGAACGACCCCCAGUCAUCGAGCCCUUCUCCCCCCCAGACCUCACCCCCGAGUGCCCUGUCCGAACCCCGUCUGUUAGCAGUAAGCAGAGGAAAGGUCCUCUGUCCCUCCAGGACUUCAGGCUGAUUGCUGUGUUGGGCAGGGGACACUUUGGGAAGGUGUUGUUGUCAGAGUACAAGAAGACGGGCACGAUGUACGCCAUCAAAGCUCUGAAGAAAGGAGAUAUCAUCGCCCGGGAUGAGGUGGAAAGUCUGAUGUGCGAGAAGCGCAUCUUUGAGAUCGUGAACAUGUCGCACCAUCCCUUCCUGGUCAACCUGUUUGCAUGUUUCCAGACACCAGAGCACGUGUGUUUUGUAAUGGAGUACACAGCAGGAGGCGACCUGAUGAUGCACAUCCACACAGACGUCUUCACAGAGCCCCGAGCCGUGUUUUACGCGGCCUGCGUGGUUCUCGGACUUCAGUUCCUUCACGACCAUAAGAUUGUGUACAGAGACCUCAAGCUUGACAACCUGCUGCUAGACACAGAUGGUUAUGUGAAGAUCGCCGACUUUGGACUGUGUAAAGAAGGAAUGGGCUUUGGGGACCGAACCAGCACAUUCUGUGGGACUCCAGAGUUUUUGGCCCCAGAGGUCCUAACAGAUACAUCCUACACCAGAGCAGUGGACUGGUGGGGACUGGGGGUCCUCAUCUAUGAAAUGUUGGUGGGAGAGUCUCCAUUCCCAGGGGAUGAUGAAGAGGAGGUGUUUGACAGCAUUGUGAAUGAUGAAGUCCGCUACCCACGCUUCCUCUCCACUGAGGCUAUUGGCAUCAUGAGAAGGCUUUUACGGAGGAACCCAGAGAGAAGACUGGGCUCUGGUGAGAAGGACGCAGAGGAGGUGAAAAAGCAGCCAUUUUUCAGAAAUGUGGACUGGGAGGCGUUGCUGCAAAGAAAGGUUCCCCCUCCCUUCGUCCCCUCCAUCGGCAGCAAAGAAGACGUCAGUAACUUUGACGAGGAGUUCACCACCGAGCCUCCGACCCUCACACCGCCUCGCGAGCCCCGCGUGCUCUCCCGCAAAGACCAGGACAGCUUCCGGGACUUUGACUACGUCUCUGACCUCUGCUAGUCGGGCUGCCGGCCCACAGACUUCGAGGAAUGUUCAAUUGAGAGGGCCUCACGACGGUUUCGAUCAGAGCGGACCAACAGUCCCUGCUGGCUGUCUGGUGACUGUUUGUCUGCCAUUAAUUACACUGUGAAUGAAUGUGGAGAGACCGAAGGAAGUCGGUCUGUGUUUUGUGUGUCUGCAGGGUUUUAAACAUGGAGGACUGAGGACAUUAAAGCUGGGACAGAUAGCUAAUGGGGUUAAAUCAUUCUAUCACAAAUGAAGGAUGAACAGAGUCCCCACCAACUCAUACUCCAAUCAUUGUACAACAUACCAGUGACUUGUGUAUCUUGAAAACAUUAGCCUAUAAAAAGCCUCCUCCCAUCCUCGUAUGUGUCAGUGUAGUCACCUGUGCAGCUGUAAGAGGACGAGCUCUUCAUGCCGCUGACUGUUCGGAGGUCACUCAGCGGCCUCUUAUACCGAUGCCUUACAUUUAUACUUCUAUUUGAUCCACAGAAAAAGUGUUUUGUUUUUAUUUUGUGACCCUUUGUGUACAGCAGCAGGAAGAGUGACGCUGACUUGCUGCAGAAAUACUCUCAACUUAUCUGUUUUUAAAAAGAAGAUUUGCCUGUCAGAGUGGAAUUAGUGACGUUCAGAGUAAAUUUGUGCUCAGAGCUUGUCCAGUAGUCGUGUGAUGACGGCCGUCAGUCACGUUGACCGAUGUUAGGCAAAUUAUGAGUUAACUACGGGGUAAAGAACCACUGUCUUACUUAGCCGCAAUGGACUUUUCAUGGGACGUCUGUCAACCACUUUUUAAAAUCUGUGCUGCUUGGAUUUUAAUUUCUGUGACAAAAUCCAACAACAAUUUGCAAAUGAAUCAUAUUUGAUGACUGUCAGUGAAAUGUUCAGUACCCUGCACAUGCCUCUUGAUAUUUGGGUAUUUACAUAAUUUGAUACAAAUGUGUAGCAAACACACACACACACACACACGACCGUCAGCAUAAAAGCUAUGUGGUAAGCAGAAAAAAAUCUGAACACUAAGACUUGAUGCACAAGUAACAGACUGUCCACUUUAUCUAGAUGCUAUGAGAGUUUUGUGAACAUGAAGUAAUUUCCCUCCAAGACAGUUAAAUCAGAUUUUAAACUCAUCAAACACUGGCUGUAGCAGUUGUUUUUUUUACUGUCUGUUUUUAAGAACUGAAGCCACCAAUCUACCCAUUGUGGUCACUGUAGGGUUUGGUUUCCCUCACAGUGAUAAAGUCAUCUUUGUUUUAACCAAAACUGAUUGAUAUCUUCGUACUUUUUGAAAAUCUGUGUGGCGCCACAAGCAAAACAAACCUCACUUGCCACUUCCACAGUAGAACGAAUUAGAGAGCUCGCUGCAGUGAGCACAGCCUUAGAGCCAAGUUAGCAAGUUUUCUUGGCAACACGUCUAAAUGAACACUAUCAGUAGAGGGAAACAGACUGAUAAAUGUUAGAAAAAAUAUGAGCCAGUGGUAUAAACAUCUGUGACACAUAACCGUUUCUGAGGUUUGUUGUGAUGCUGGAUGUAUGACGGUGUAGAUUUUACUUAUCUUGUGUAUGACAAUAUAAAACCAUUUGAGAGUAUGAGAUGACUUAUUUUAUAAAGAAAACCUCGAGUGAA